UAACCGGGAAGGGCGAGGGGGAUGCCGCUGGGGGCCCCGCUCCGGUGCCGCUCCCCGUGACGGGCCGAUCUCCCACCUCGCCGCCCUCCGCGGCAGCCAAGACCGCCGCCACCUAGACCUCUCCGGGGCAAAGCGCUGCGAGGGCCCGGCUUGGACCCUCCCCAGGGACUGAGUUCUGUGGUCUGCCCGCCGGAAGUGAGCUGUUGGACAGAAACCUGAGAGCGUGGGAAAUGUCUCUAAGCACGCUUACGGGGAGUGCUUGUGAAACUGAACACAGAAGUAUGGAUAUGGGAAACCAGCACCCUUCCAUUAGUAGGCUUCAGGAGAUCCAAAGGGAAGUAAAGAGUAUAGAACCUCAAGUGGUGGGCUUCAGUGGCCUGUCGGAUGAUAAGAAUUACAAGAAACUGGAGAGGAUUCUGACGAAACAACUUUUUGAAAUAGACUCUGUAGAUACAGAAGGAAAAGGAGAUAUUCAGCAAGCUAGGAAGAGGGCAGCGCAGGAGAUAGAACGCCUUCUCAAAGAGCUGGAGCAGAAUGCAAACCACCCACACCGUAUUGAAAUCCAGAACAUCUUUAAGGAAGCACAGGCCCUUGUGAAAGAGAAGAUUGUGCCCUUUUACAGUGGGGGCAAUUGUGUGACUGACGAGUUUGAGGAAGGCAUCCAGGACAUCAUUCUGAGGCUCACACAUGUUAAAACCGGGGGGAAGAUCUCCUUGCGGAAAGCAAGGUACAACACGCUAACCAAGAUCUGUGCAGUGCAAGAGAUUAUUGAAGACUGCAUGAAGAAACAGCCUUCCCUGCCCCUCUCUGAGGACGUGCAUCCUUCUGUUGCCAAGAUCAAUUCUGUGAUGUGUGAAGUGAACAAGGCCAGAGGUACUCUGAUCGCACUUCUCAUGGGCGUGGACAGUACUGAGACUUGCAGGCACUUAUCGUGCGUGCUGUCAGGGUUGAUGGCUGAUCUAGAUGCUUUAGAUGUGUGUGGGCGUACAGAGAUCAGGAAUUAUCGGAGGGAGGUGGUGGAAGAUAUCAACAAAUUACUGAAAUAUCUGGAUUUAGAAGAGGAAGCUGACAAUACGCAUGCAUUUGACCUGGGACAGAACCAUUCCAUUCUAAAAAUAGAAAAGGUCCUCAAGAGGAUGAGAGAAAUAAAAAAUGAACUUCUCCAGCCGCAGAGCCCUCCUGAAUUGUGUCUGAGCUCCAAGACAGAACUUCAGGGCCUGAUUGGACAGCUAGAUGAAGUGAGUCUUGAGAAAAAUCCCUGCAUCCGGGAAGCCAGGAGAAGAGCCGUGAUUGAAGUGCAGACCCUCAUCACGUACCUGGACCUGAAGGAAGCCCUCGAGAAGAGGAAGCUGUUCCCUUGCGAGGAGACCUCCCCACACAAGGCUGUGUGGGGUGUCCUUGGAAACCUGUCAGAGAUCCAGGGCGAAGUCCUCUCGUUUGGUGGAAACCGAACUGAUAAGAACUACAUCCGUCUGGAGGAGCUACUAACCAAACAGUUGCUGGCCCUGGAUGCUGUUGACCCCCAGGGAGAAGAGAAGUGUAAGGCUGCCAGGAAGCAGGCUGUGAAGCUGGCCCAGAACAUCCUCAGCUACCUUGACAUGAAGUCGGAUGAGUGGGAGUACUGAGGGCCAGGAGCUGACCUCACUGGUUCGCACUUUAUCUGCUUCCAGAGAGCUCUCAGCUCGUGGGGCCUAAAUGUAAUUUCUAUGUGCAUAUUCAAUCUCAGUAUUUAUGAUUUAAUCAAAUUAUAUUCAGUAUUUCUGCUGCUUUUGAUGUUGCAAAACGAAUAUUAUAGCACAUUAACUUUUCCAUCUGGUUCAUUAUCCUACAAUGUGUGGUUUGUGUUGAUUUUGUGUUUUUAAUGGGAACAUGAAAAGAGCAGCAUUCCUAAUGUUUAAAUGGGUUGUGCAAGCAUUAAGUGCAGAAUUUGAGAGUCUAACUCUAGCUAAACUACGAGAAGGAGGAAACUUGGGCUGAACGGAAUAAAGUGCAAGUGCAGAAACAGUACAGAGAUGUUUUGUUACACUAGACAAAGCUGGGCCUUUUUAAGUUACAAGGCUGAUUAGUCCUUUAUUUUAUGGGGUGGAGUUUUGGUUCAGAUGGUCUGUUUUUUUCAUAAACAUUUUUGCUUGAAAAAAAAAAACUUCUCCUAGGCUUUUCAUUUUAGAGGGGGGAAUCUUGUGUACAGCAUAAAAAAAAAUUAAUGAAAUCUAACAACCAGAAAUUUGAGACUGCUUGAGGGAGGGAAAAAAAUCAGCUAUUCGAUAGCUUCAAGUCAUUUUUGCUUGUGAGGUCUCAACUACAAUUCUCCUUCUUAGUUAAUAAGAAUGAAGCCAGUGGACCUUUAGAGAGCUGUAACCGGAGGGUGAAACCUGUAGUGUCCAGUGUCAGAUCACCAAAGCUGACGAGGAACAUCUACCUGUAGCAGACAUGAGUGAGAUGGAUUCCUCUGACAGUCACAGCUGUGAAACAGACAUGCUGUUAAACAUGACAUUCACACCGUGAUGCCAGAGACUGUUGGUCAUCCAGGGGGACCAGGUCUCUGCAGCUGGCAUCCUAAACAUUGCCUGUACCUACUUGGAGUGAGGCUGUGGGGUACCUGAUGAUAUUGACAUGAGGACCCCUCUUUUGCCUGAAAAUUAAUUAUAGCCCGUUGGGUAUAUAAAGGGUUUUAUUAUUUGUUUUAUCCUUCUGUUAAAGGGCAUGUGUGUUUCUGUGACUAUUUUCUAAGUAGCCAUCUUUACGGUUGUCUAUUAAUGUAAACAGGAACUCCCCAAAUUCUGCAGUGUCCUGACAGUAUCCCAGCAUCAUGACUAACAGACCUCAUUCCAUGUCCUCAUUUCAUUACAAGAUCCUGUGAGAGCCAACCCUUUCAACUCUGGUGAGCUGUGUUGGGCUUUUUUUGUUUGUUUGAUUGUUUUAGUUUUUUUGUCAUUCUUUGCGCCCCCUCCCCCAACACACACAAUAUUAAUUGGGAAACUAUGCAAGGAAAUUCUCUUUAAACAGCUAAAAGUAUGACCGAUGAGUGAGUGAGUUAGCUUAAGUGCACCAUCUCAGAACAGUAAGUCCCCAGGGCUUCCGGCAAUGAGUCCUCCCCACUAGAGUCCCAAGAAUCCUCCAUUCGGCCAAAGCCGUGUGAUAACUGGUCUUCUAUGUCAUGACUGUAGACCGCCCUUCAAGUCUGACUGCAGGUUUUUAAAUUGAACUCUCUGAGGAGUUCAUGAAAGUCAUUCAGUUGCACCUUUCCCGGGGUUACUUAAUUCUUUAACUUUGUUUCUUAAAGUUACACAUUUGCCUUUCCUCUCAAAGUAUCCAUUGUCCUGUUGAAGCAGAUUUUCUCUUUAAAGUGGUUUUCUGUGACUUGCUAAGACAUCCCACCCCCACUCCACCCGCCAAUGGGAUUUCCCCGUGGAUUCUUUAGGUCCUGGAGGUGGUCACAUGACUUUGUGUGGCUGUUGGGAGAGGCUUUGUCUCCUGUUACAGUUCCUUGGACCAAAUUAUCUCAUAUAAAGAGCACUAGCAAAGUUGAGACUGAUUUCCUGUCCCUCUUGGGACCCCUGUGUGUCACUGUGGGCCACUUCCUGGACUUUUUAACCUGGGCUCACCACUGUAGUAGUUUCAUGGUCAUGUGUGAAGAAGCAGCUGCGGGUAAACCUGUUUCCUGGAGAAGCCAGGCCUUUGUCGGCAUUAAACCAUGCCAGCCCUGUUUCUGAAAAGAAAGAAAUGGCUGGGAAUAUUCACCAUCUUCCCUGAAAUUUGGAUAGCUUUGCCUUCAGUUCAUUCUUUGUCCACCUAGAUGAAAGUCUUGUGACAAAGUCACUGUUAAAAUAAAUGGAACAAAUGUGUCUACUCAGUCCAGUUCAAUGCUUUAUUUUGCUAAAGAUGCCUAGAGAUUAGCUGUAGUUCCACCAGUUUUUCUCAUUUUAAUUUUUUUUCCUUCCUGUUUCUAAUUUGUAGCUGGCUUUGAACUCCUGACCUUCCUGCCUCCACACCCCAAGUGCUGGGAUCACUUGGCUUCUUUUGGCUUUAAUGCAAUGUCCCCUGGGUGGUGUUUUUUUAUUUUUGUUUGUUUUGUUUUGUUUUUGAGCCUCAGCUAAUUCUAUACAUGCAGAUUGUUUUUGUUUUGGUUUUUGAGACAGUUUCACUAUGUAGCCCUGGCCUGCUCACACUUGCUGUAAUCCUUCUGCCUCAGCCUUGAGAAGACUAAGAUUAUCAGUGUAUGCCACCAGAGCUGAUGAAGGCCUUGCCAUUUUUAACUGAUUGGAUAUUUUCCCUAAAGAAUUGCAGAAAUGGGGACUGGAGAGAUGCCUCAGUAGUUAAGGACUACUUAACUACUGGAUUCAACUCCCGGCACCCACACGGCAGCUGGAUUCAACUCACGGCACCCACACGGCAGCUCACAACUGUCUAUAACUCCAGCUCCAGGAGACCCAACACCAUGGCAAAACACCAAUGUACAUAAAAUAAAAAUAAGGAAUUGCAGAAACAAGCCGGGCAGUGGUAGCACACGACUAUUCCCAGCACCAGGGAGGCAGAGGCAGGAGGGUCUCCGUGAGUUCAAGGCCAGCCUGGUCUACAGAGCUAGUUCCAGAAUAGCCAAGGUUACACAAAUAAACCCUGUCUUGAAAAAACAAAAAACAAAAAUUGCAGAAACAUUUCCCCAUGAUUUUGAUGUGUAAUCUGUAAUCCAGAAGUGUUUCCAGCACACUAGUUCCUACCUCUUCACUAUUAACCAUGUGACCAUUGUAUUAGGGUGUCUAAAAAAUUCAGUAUUCUCUUGACAUAGACACUUUAGGUUCACCCUUAAUUAUUACUGAAAUAAAACAAAGCUCUUACUGGA